GUAAAUUUCAUUCGUAUUUCGUUCCUCGUAACAUUCAGAGCUCUCUUCUAAAAAAAAAAAUAAAAAUCCAAAAAUUUUCGGUAAAAAAAUUAAAAGUAAACAAAAUUUUGUGCUUGAAAACUUUUUGCAUACAUUUUUCGAAAGUAUUUCCAGUAAUUUCCAUAAAAGAUGAAUUUUUUCUCGGUGCCCUACGAAGCUGAUUACGGCAUGUAUGCCGAUUCAAAGAUGAAAAGCGCCCCCCAGUAUCCCGGUAUGAACAUGAAUCCCGGUAUGGGUCAGGGUCAACCCAUGUCUGUGCAGCCCCUGAAUCCGCCACAGAUGAAUCUGCAGAUGCAAAUGCCAUCAGGCAUCCCACCGAUGUCUUCAUACCCGAUGCAGAGCAUGCCGCUGAACAUGAUGUCCGGCGGAGGUAAUGGCGGAAUGACACCCAUGUCCACCAUGUCCUCACAGCUGCCAAUUGGAGCGAUGGCUCCGCUGAGCAGCAUGACCAUGGUGCCCAUGGGCAAUGCAAUGGGAGCCAUUGAAGCUCCAGGGAUGAAUGCUGUCCUACCCGACCUUCAGCCCAUGUCCGCGAUGGGGCAGAUGCAACCAAUGGGGCAGAUGCAGCCCAUGCAGCAAUUUGACCACUCAGGUUCCCAUACGCAAAUGCAUCAGGGUCGCGUUACCGGCGGCGGUCCAUCGUCUCCCAGCAGCGGUGGCGGAUGGAACACCAACUCGAACCAAUCGAACAAUAGCGGCGGUGGCAUGUGGCAAUACAACCAGCCCAUGCAACAAAUGCAGUUCAACCAGCAACAGCAGCAACAGCAACAGCAACAGCAUCAUAAUCAUGGCCAACAGCAUCAUCAGCAGGGACAACGGAUGAAGUCUGUGUAUGACCUGCAACCCUCUGGCAUCUAUCGGGAUGUGCGCAAUGGCCUGAACACGCCAUCGAUGAGAGAUGAGACAUCAAAGAUGAGCAAGGGGAAUAAUAAUUCAUUCAAUUGUGGAAAAGCGUCAAGCAAGGUCCCCCAUUGGCGAUGAUAAGAGCCCCCAGGAUUUGGGCUGCGUUAAUUGAUUAAUUUUUAAAGAUGUCCGCAUUAAGCACGAGUUUUGUUUCAAACAUUCUUCCCCUACGCAAGCAAAUACCCUUAACAGACAACACAAUAACACAAUGACACUCGAAUCAACACUUUUGGUGUGCAAUAAAAUUGGCCUAUUUGUUUUGGCCAAACUUAA